CUGCAGAGCGCGCAUGCGCGCAUGCGCGCAGCGCUAGGCCGGGCAGCGGAGCGCCGAGCGCUUCUCUUGCGGGGUGCCCGCCCAGGUGCGUGGAUCGAGCGCCGAGCGGCGGAAGAUGUCGGAGAAGCUGCAGAAGAGCGUGAAAAUCGCUCCCGGCGCCGUGGUCUGUGUGGAAAGUGAGAUCCGGGGAGAUGUAACUAUCGGACCUAGGACAGUGAUUCAUCCAAAAGCACGGAUCAUUGCAGAAGCGGGACCAAUAGUGAUUGGUGAAGGCAACCUAAUAGAAGAGCAAGCACUUAUCAUAAAUGGAUUUCCUGAAAAUAUUACACCAGACACCGAAGGAAUGGAACCAAAACCAAUGGUCAUUGGCACCAAUAAUGUUUUUGAAGUUGGUUGCUUUUCACAAGCCAUGAAAGUGGGUGAUAACAAUGUAAUUGAAUCAAAAGCGUUUGUGGGCAGGAAUGUGAUUCUGACCAGUGGCUGCAUCAUUGGGGCCUGCUGCAAUGUCAACACAUAUGAAGUUAUCCCUGAGAACACUGUGAUCUAUGGAGCUGACUGCCUGCGUCGAGUCCAGACGGAGCGUCCCCAGCCACAAACGCUGCAGCUGGAUUUCCUGAUGAAAAUCCUGCCAAAUUAUCACCAUCUAAAGAAGACUAUGAAAGCAGCAUCUACUCCUGUUAAGAGCUAAGAGUUCUCCCAUCAAGAUAUCUUUCCCUCUUCUGCUCCUACUGAUUUAGGAACUUUUCUUCCAAUUUCCAACUCUAUGUGCACAAAGAAGUCAUUGAUUUUUUUUUGAUUUUUUUUUUUUCUCGUUCAUUUGAUUCUGGUCAAACUGCUUGUGGCAUUUCUUUUGUUUGUAGGGUUUUUUUCCUUUUAACUAUUUAUAUUCAGUAAACAGCUGAAAAAUAAAUCCUGGAUCCCAAAUCUGACUAGCAAUUCUUAUGGCUAUAAUAUCGUGCAUAAUUCUUUCUAGGUAAUCAAGUCUUGCAAGGUAGGACAUAAAUUACCUUUCAACAUGGCACAAAAAGUGGUGAAGGACUAGAAAAUAUUUCAUCGCAUAUUCUGUGCUAUUAAUAAAGAUAUUAACGUCCUUGUCUUGUUAUCUUCAAUUAUUAGAUUUUCUCCAGGAUGUUCAGCUAAUGGUAACACCAUCCUGUCACAGUGUUUAUGUGGUUAUCAUCACUGGCAAUUUAUGUCAGUGCAAACCUGGUUAUAUUAGUAUAAGAAGACCUGUGUCUCCAUGACAGAUGCAAAUAAUGAAUAAAUAAGUAUAAUUUCCCAGUGGAGUGAGUAAGUUAUGGUGCAGUAGUGUUUGUAGUUAUAUCUUGAUGGUCUUCAGCAGUCCUUCCAUGCUGCUUUGCACUGUGUUACUGGUCAUUCUGUUUGCCUGCAUGUCCCCAGCUGCUCUAGGGUCAUGUUGAGUGGAUGCCACCUGCUGUUCAAAUGCUAACAUGCAGCCAGAUUUUGUGUUAGGAAGCCCAAGUGUCAACUUAACACCCGAACAUACUGAGCUUAUUUUUAUAGCUGCUUCUGUGCCCUCCCUGCUUUUCAUGUUUUCAGCUGGUCUUGUUGAGGUCACGAAUCUCCCGUACCUGUGGAAAGAAGCAAGGGUCUAGAAAUUUGUGGUGUCUAGACAUGGUUAUGUAGACCUAUUUCACAAAAUUUCCUCAGUGAUAGCCUCAUGGGAUCAUAACUGGGUGCUGUCAUGACCCAAAGGGUAUGAUUUUGUGUGUGCUUUGGCACUGCAGAAUUAUUUCCCGCUACGUGGAGCUUUCUUUGCACGGUGCAAU